AUGGCGUCAGAAUCAUCCAGUGUGAUGAUAUACACGUACGACGGCCUGAAGCUCGUCCUCGGUCGACAGAACGCCGCGAUAGUUGUCAGAGGCUUGCUGUAUGCGCUGCUCGGGUUCCAGUACGCCGCGGCGCUGUCCAUGCAGGCGGUCCGCACGCGGGCGUUCUGUUUGGUGGUCGUUGGCCAUCGCGCUGCUGGUAUUCGUCCUGGAUUACAUGAAGUCGACUCAGAGCCCAAGUUCGACAUCGAAAAGACAGACAUGCGGCUGAGCGCCCGGCGACGCCUUGCGUCAUCCCACGUGAUAGCCGUACUGCACCCUAGGAAGCUGCGUGUGGGGACGGAGAUGGCGUCGCGAGCUCGCUCAAGAUGGAAGAGCGACGACCGCGCAGCGGCGCCGGGGAGAACACCUGCUUGGAGACCGCUCUCCAUCGCGGGACACCUUAUCCCCGCAUUACCUGUC